UUUUUGUUUUUGACUUAAUUUUCAUAGAAAAAAUAUUUAGAAUUUCAAAUAAUCACCAUGGUUGAUCAAAUUGAAAUGGCACUGGAUGAUAUUAUAAAAGCCAACAAAAAGACAAGGAUUGGAGGUGGUGCUGGAAGAAAAUUUGAUGCAAACAAAAGAACAGGACGUGGAGGCGGUGCUGGAUUUCGUAGCAACCGCUCUGGUGGUGUACAACGAGGUAGAAAUCGUGGAGGCAUAACGAAAUCUACCAACUAUUCGAGGGGUGAUGUGAACAGCACUUGGAAACAUGAUAUGUUCAAUGAUUUUGGUGAGAGGAAACUUCAAAGAAACAGUGGGACCAUAACAACUGGUCCUACCAAGCUGCUUGUAUCCAAUUUGGACUUUGGAGUAUCAGAUUCAGAUAUAAAGGAACUAUUUUCGGAAUUUGGCAUCCUCAAAAGUGCAUCUGUACAUUAUGAUCGGUCAGGUAGAUCUUUAGGUACUGCAGAUGUUGUGUUUGAAAGAAAAGCAGAUGCUGUGAAGGCUAUGAAACAGUAUAACGGAGUGCCACUUGAUGGACGGGCAAUGAAUAUACAAUUGGCAACAUCUGAAAUCAAUACUUUAAGGCCCGAGGCUAGAAAUCGAAUUGGUGGUGCGAGUGUGGGAGGUACUAUACGAAACAAUCCUAAAAGAGGAGGUGGAGGAAUUAGAAAUCAAAGCAAUAGUGGAGCACGUGGGGGAAACAGAAGAGGACGUGGUGGUGCAGGCAGAGGCAAACGACCAGUACCUACUGCAGAACAAUUAGAUGCAGAGCUUGAUGCAUAUGUGAAAGAAAUCAAGUGAAUAACUAAUGAGAAUGUGCAUAGACACUCAGUUUUAUCUUAAAAUAUGAAUGAAUAAGCUUUGUGUUCUCAAUGUUCUAGAUUAAUUGUAAAAGUAUAGGUUAU